AUGUAUAUUCAACUGUGGCUUUGCCUCUUCUGGUUAAUUCCAUGGAAUAUUUUUGUUGCGGCUGGUAUUAAAACGUCUACAAAUUUGACGGAUGUUCGUCGGGAACAUCGAAGCCGGCGUGGUUUGAUUUUUACUAAUGGCGGGACAAUAAAGCUCUCCAUUGGUCCUGCAAUGCCAGUAACUUUAGCGGAUCCUAUAUCAUUCCGUUCACUGGUCUGUUCGUACAAUUUACAAGGAGGCCACUACACAAUACCCACCGAGCCACUGUAUCCCUGGGACAAAUGGGAAGAUACCUUUGCCAGAUCUUUGAAGGACAUCAAAAAUAAAUUCGAACGUUAUGGUGAAUACGAGGAUGGAUCAAGGGAAUUCGUUUACACGCUUCUGGAGACCUAUAUAAGUCGUAACAAUGCCGAUGGGCGUCAAUGUAUGUUACGAGCCAUCUGUGAAAAUGCCCAAGUUCAUCGACAUGAAGGAGUCUUUGCCGAAAUUCUUAAUAUUGUUCUAACGCCUGGCCAUGAACAUCUCGAUAAAUCAUAUCACAUGGCAUUACAAGCUGGACGCUAUGGUGUUGAUUGCCUACAAAUGUAUAAUUUAUGCCCCAAAGGAAGCAGUAUCCUGGAUCAAUUCAUCACUGAUGUUUCAUAUUAA